UCCCCCAUUUCGUCUCUUUCGCUUUUACAUCACAAAACCGAAGCGAUGCAGUCAUUGACCGUCGCAGCAGCGAAGACGCUACGAAACCGGAUCUUCUCCCGGUCCGGAUCCACAUCCGCCGGGCCGAGCCGCUGGGCCACGCCGGGCCACGAGGAGCGGCCCAAGGGCUACUUCAUGAACCGCACCCCUCCGCCGCCGGGACAGUCGCGCAAAUGGGAGGACUGGGAGCUUCCUUGCUACAUCACGAGCUUCCUCACGAUCGUCAUCCUCGGCGUCGGGCUCAACGCUAAACCCGAUCUCUCGAUCGAGACCUGGGCCCAUCAGAAGGCCCUGGAACGCCUCGAGAUGGAGAGGCUCGCUUCGUCAGCCGGAGAUUCUUCCGAUUGAGCUUCACCGCUUGAUCUCCGGAAGGUGGAUUGUGGCGAUCGAGAAGACUUGGAGAGUUAGGGCUUUCUGAAGAAGUUUGUUUUGGAUAUCGUUUGUUUAGUCGAUAAUGAUGAAAUAAGUGUUAUUUAACUGUUUUUUGACGCAUUACAUUUCUCAAAGUUGAUCACUUUUGAUACAACAUCUGCAAUUUGAUUUGCUCCUUCGAAGAAAGUUUCUGUCUUUAUGCA